UAAGCGACGCGCGCGCCGCCCGGUCAGUCGCGACACGCACAGCCUAAACGCAGGCGCAUCUUCCUGGGGUACCAGUAUCGAUCCCCACUUAUACCAAACAGAUCAAAAACUUUAGAUAGAAAAUUUCGGGAAAGUGCAAUACAAGUCCCCCGUCAUGGGGCGAAUAACUUGGUGCGUGCUAGUGUUUUGCGCAACCACAUGGGCAUCUCCACAUUCAGACGUGUCAGAGUUCCUCCGGAGUGCAGUGGAAACAGUCCCCCAACAUGACCCCAUUGCUGCACCCAUAAGAUCCUCCGUGGAGAGCAUACCGCUCAGGAGUCUUCGUGAAGAAGGAGAAGGGAGGCUGCCGCUCCGAGAUGCAGUGGAAAAACGACCAAUUUCGUUAAUUGAUGAGAAUUCGUUUUCGUUAAAAACGGUUGAGGACGAGGAACCGGAUAACAACGACGACACCUUCGUAGAGCUCAAAAAAUUUUACGGAGCCGCUAGUUAUCUAAACACCAAAAACGAUGAACGACUACAACAUGGCAAUGAAAACUUACAAGAAAUGCAACAAACUAGUGGGGCAACGGAUCGUCGCAUGGUGGUGUGUUACAUGCAGUCCUGGGCAGCGUACCGGGCGCCGCCGUUGGCAUUCACCGCUGGCUUGGUUCCACGUUCCUGCACACAUCUGCAUUAUGCCUUUGCGGCUAUACACCCCCACACAUAUGCGGUACUACCGGCCAACGAAGACUAUGAUAUUAUUAAAGGUGGUUACCGCAUCGCGACUGGCUUGAAACGCCGACUUCAAGGGCUCAAAGUCAUGAUCAGCGUGGGCGGCGAGGGCACGGACCGGCUGUUUAGCGAGCUCGUUCAAGAACCCAACAGGCGCAGCCUGUUUAUUGACAGUGCUGUCGACUUCUUGAGGGAACACGACUUCGACGGACUUGACCUUCAUUGGGUUUAUCCAGGCGAAAGAGAUGAACGCGAAAAAGAACUUCUGACUUCACUACUUUAUGAACUCCGCGAAAAGUUUUCAUCAUACGGACUCCUCCUCUCGACUGUCCUGCCACCGUUUAGAUACCAAAUCGAAGAUGGUUACGAUCUGAGCGCUGUCAGUGGGGCGACGGACUACACUAUUCUGCAGGCUUGGGAUAUGACUCAUGGAAAGAAAGACGAACCUCCUGCGAGAGCGCUACAUCACAGCACUCUACAUCGAGACCCUGGCGCGGCAUCGCGCGAUCAGAGAUAUGACAACAUCGAGUUCAUGGUAAAAUACAUCAUCCGCCAUGGAAUGGCAGCCGACAAACUCGUCCUUGGAGUGCCACUGUUUGGUCGCAGCUACACGUUGGCCGCGUCCACGUUGCCUUCCCCGGGGGCGCCAGUCAGCGGUUGGGGCGAAGAAGGGCAAUACACACAAACAAAGGGAAUGUUAUCGUACUUUGAGAUAUGUAUGAAAGAACGCAUGGGCGACGGCGUGGUUGCAUUCGAUGAAGCUGGCAAUUCAUUCGCAUUAUUCGACAACCAAUGGGUGUCUUUUGACUCCCAAAGCACGGUUUUGGAAAAGAUGAGAUUUGUCAUUAGUACUGGACUAGCGGGUGCUGCCGCGUGGUCAGUGGACAUGGAUGAUUUCAGAGGACUGUGUGGUACUCCGUUCCCAAUACUGAGCACCAUUUCAACGAGCUUGAAUGGAGAAUCUAUACAAUCAGACCAAUCUACAUUGAAAAUAGGGUUCUGCGAAUCAGACACUCCAUACUUGGCAUCUGACGAAGAAUCCUGUGCACACUUCCACUUCUGUGCAGGUGGUAUUAAUUACAGAAUGCUGUGCGAAGAGGACCGACUGUACGAUCCAUCUACAGGAUUUUGCGGUCAUUUAGAUGUCGCUAAGUGUAUUCCUGGCCAAAGUCUUAGGAUCAGCGUGCAAGAAGCAGAGCGCUACCUGUCACAAGCUUACGAGACUGAUUUUGAAUGGAAUGGUCAAAGUAUCAAAGACAUUCAAGCUGCACAACUGUUGUCAAAUGAUGUUGACACAAAGAAAAAUAAAGAAAGCGACAAGAAAGUUGUAUGCUACAUGACUAGCUGGGCAUUUUAUCGGCGAGGCGAAGGAAAAUUCGUCCCAGAACAUAUUGACUCCAGGCUCUGCACUCACGUGGUGUAUGCCUAUGCAUCCCUUUCUCCUGACGAGCUUAUUGCAAAGGAGUUCGACCCAUGGGCUGACUUGACCAACAAUUUAUACGAACGAGUAACUUCUUUGAAAGACGUCAAAGUGCUCCUUGGAUUGGGUGGGUGGACCGACUCGGCUGGUGACAAAUACUCCCGCCUGGUCUCCUCGGACUCAGCUCGAUCGAAGUUUAUACAGAAGCUCAUACCUUUCCUGCGCAUGCACAACUUCAACGGACUUCACCUAGAUUGGAACUACCCCGUGUGCUGGCAGAGCAACUGCAAGAAGGGCGCAGCGUCCGAUAAGGCGAAUUAUGCUAUGUUUGUUCAGGAACUAUCAAAAGCGCUGCACGCAGCUGGCAUGGAGCUCGGGGUAGCUCUGUCAGGGUACAAAGAAGUGAUCGACUCGGCGUACGACUUGCCAGCGAUAUCGAGGGCAGCCGACUUCAUGAGCACCAUGACGUACGACUACCACGGCGGCUGGGAGUCGAGCACGGGGCAUCAUACCCCACUUGUUCCUGCGCCCGGCGACGCUCUAGCUUAUUACUCCAUUGAAUACGCUAUCAAAGCUCUUCUAAAAGGUGGCGCCGACCCUAAGAAACUGCUCCUAGGAUUGUCGUUCUACGGUCAAUCAUACAGAUUAGCCAAGGUAGAAGGCUCGAAGAACCCUGGGGCCCCAGCUGGGGGCCCUGGCGAACCAGGCGAAUUCACCAAGCAACCUGGAAUGCUGGCCUACUAUGAGAUUUGUUACAGAGUAAAGAACUUACGUUGGGCAACGGGCCGCCAAGCGAAUGCUGGACCUUACGCAUAUUCCGACAGUCAAUGGGUUGGAUAUGAUGAUCCCAAGUCGAUUACUGAAAAGGUGGAAUGGGCAAUGCGCCAAGGCUUAGGCGGGGUGACAGCCUGGGCGAUAGACUUGGACGACUUUAACAACCGCUGCUGCGCGGAGCCGUCGCCGCUUCUGCGCGCUGCCGGCCGGGCGCUCGGCCGUUCUGUACCCGCGCCAGGCGCCGAGUGCGAGCGCCCGCCGCAGCCGGUCACACCAGCACCUCCUACGACCACCACUGCACAGGCUGAUGGAUCCCUCGGUGGCGGCGACCACAGCGGCCACGACCAUGGUCAACAUACGUCGACGACAUGGGGCUGGGUGCCCAGCUCGACGACGCCAACCUCCGCGCAGACGUGGUGGCCGCCCGCUACCACGCCCAGCACGACCACCACUACUAAAGCCACCACCACCACCACCACCACCACCACGACCAGACGACCCACUGCGGCUCCAGUGCGCCCGCCUCCCGAUGCAGGCGGUCUAGAAGGCACGUCGUGUACCGCGGGCGAGUACCGCGCAGCGCCGGGCGACUGCGGCGGCUACCUGCAGUGCGAGGGCGGGCAGUGGCGCAAGCAGCGCUGUGCGCCCGGCCUACACUGGGCCGCGUCCGCGCACCGCUGCGACUGGCCCAGCUUCGCCAAGUGCACUGAAGAAUCAUCUAGCAACGAAGCAAGCACAGCGACCAGUACGCUAGCGCCUAUGACGUCACGUCCCCCGCCAAGGCCGUCUACAACUACGAGACGAACUACGACAUCUACAACUACAACUACCACUACUACGACAACGACCACGCCUAGGCCUACGACGACUCGUAAGCCUACGACCACGUCCAGGCCUUCUGCGCCGAGCAGCAGCGAAGAAGUUUCGGAUGGCAAGCCGUGCAAUAACCAAGGUUAUAAGCCAGCCAGUGACUGUAACUCAUACCUUCACUGUGAUGGAAACAUGUGGAUUAAGCAGCAGUGUGCGCCCGGACUACAUUGGAGCCCCACUGAAAACCAGUGCGACUGGCCCAAGUACGCCAAAUGCAAAGUUUCAGCAUCUACACCAACUACAUCUGCGCCAAGACCGACUUAUCCUUCUCCAAAACCAACGAGUCUGAUUCCAUCGGGAGACAAUCCGUUCGAAGACGGCCAGUGUGGUUCCAACGACGUGCACGCGCCGGCCAAGUCGUGCGAUUCGUACCUGCUGUGCGUGGGCGGCCGCUGGCGGAAGCAACUAUGCCCGCCCGGCCUGCACUGGGACAAGCGGACGAGUCGCUGCGACUGGGUCGAGUUCGCUAUGUGUCAAGAAGAUAAACCAUCGGCAACGAAAUCUCCGAUAGCACAAUCAACGAUAACAACGACCACUACUACUACAAGAAGACCUAAAACUACUACAACAACAACUAGAAGACCAGUCUCCGCGGCUAUUGAAGAAUCGCAUAGACCGAGCACGGGUUGCAUCACCGGCACGUACUAUCCCCAUCCGAAAUGCGAGAAGUUCUUCGUAUGCGUAAACAACUUGAUGGUGGCUCAGAGUUGCGCGCCGGGACUGGUAUGGAACGCCGAGCGGUCGCAGUGCGACUUCCCUAGUUCGGUCUCCUGCUCCGAUAGGAGACAGGUCAUGUCUGCAGCUAUGACUGACGCCAGUGGAGAAUCAACCUCGAUGCAGCUCAACGAUGAAGUUCCUUUCGAAUCGUCUUACUAUUAUGGAGCCCGUACUACAUUGAUGGACCCUUCCCACUACGUUGAUGAUGCCUUGUACACACCAGAGCCUACUAUGUCCGAUGCUAUACCUGAGCCCUCCAACUCUCAAGAAGAACUGUAUUGUGACAAUGGGCAGUACGCAAUGCUCCCGACUGACUGCACUCGCUACCGACACUGCAUCUUUGGAAAAUUUGAAGAAUUCUCUUGCAGUGCUGGUCUUCACUGGAAUCAGGAAAAACAAAUCUGCGACUGGCCGAGCAACGCCAAAUGCAAAGCUAAAGGAACCACUAAACCUAAGCCUACUGCAGCGCCAAAACCAGAGUCUUCUACGCGACCCACCAAGCCAACAAAGCCCGUCUACAUCGAUAACGAGGAUCAUUUACCGGAGCCAAGUCCGACUAAACCGAUCGCGUCAGCACCGCCUACUGGAACUUUACCAGAUCUACCCUCAAAGCCGUCCCUGCUGAAUUCCCGCUACAAGCUGGUCUGCUACUACACCAACUGGUCGUGGUACCGGCCCGGCAUCGGCAAGUACAGCCCCGAGGACAUCGACCCGUCGCUCUGCACGCACAUCGUAUACGGAUUCGCGGUCCUGGGCAAUGAUGGACUCAUGACGGCCCACGACACCUGGUCCGACUAUGACAACAGAUUCUAUGAGCGCGUGGUAGAGUACAAACGCUACGGCAUUAAAGUCUCCCUGGCCCUUGGUGGGUGGAACGAUUCCGCUGGAGAUAAGUAUUCCAAACUUGUCAACGACCCAGCAGCUCGCGCCAAAUUCGUUCAACACGCUGUAGCCUUCCUCGAGAAAUACGGAUUUGAUGGUCUCGACCUCGACUGGGAAUACCCUAAGUGCUGGCAGGUCGACUGCUCAAAGGGUCCAGAUUCCGACAAGCAAGGUUUCGCAGACUUAGUCCACGAACUAUCUGCUGUAUUAAAACCUAAGGGACUGCUACUGUCUGCAGCGGUAUCUCCCAACAAGAUGGUUAUAGACGCUGGAUAUGACGUGCCAGUUUUAGCUCGCCUUCUCGACUGGAUCGCUGUCAUGACUUACGACUAUCACGGCCAAUGGGAUAAGAAGACUGGUCACGUCGCACCUUUGUACUACCACCCUGAUGAUGACACCACUUACUUCAAUGCUAACUACACAAUUCACUAUUGGAUGGAGAAAGGCACCCCAGCUUCCAAGAUCGUUAUGGGAAUGCCCAUGUACGGACAGAGUUUCACAAUCGGUGAUAAAUGGGACUCGCCCAGGGAACAAUGGAGAAAGGACGCCAACGGCCUUAAUAUUCCUGUCUCCGAUGGUGGUGAACCAGGAGAAUAUACAAGGGCUAAAGGCUUCUUAGCUUAUUACGAGAUUUGUGACCGCAUCAGAAACAGCGGCUGGACUGUCGUUAAAGACCCAUACCAACGCAUGGGACCUUACGCAUACAAGGGCAACCAAUGGGUGUCAUUUGAUGACGUAGAAAUCAUCAAGAAGAAAGUCAACUUCAUCAAAUCCCUGAACCUUGGUGGUGGUAUGAUCUGGGCGCUUGAUCUCGACGAUUACAGGAAUAGGUGCGGCCAAGGAAAACAUCCACUUCUCAACGCAAUCAAGUCUGAAUUACUCAACCCCAAGAUAGAAAUGGAGAAGGAAAUGCAACAAAAACCUCAUAAACCUAUUUACGAACCUCCAAACAAUAUUGACGAUGACUUGGAUGAUAUUCAGGUGCCAAUAUACCAUAGACCGACCUCUCGCCCGACCAGUCAGACAAGCAUCAUGACUACUACGACUAAGAAACCAGUUAUGGUUGCAGCUCCAGUUAAAGAGGAACGGUUCAAAGUUGUCUGUUACUAUACCAACUGGGCUUGGUACAGACCCGAUAACGGAAAGUACACUCCUGGCGAUAUUAACCCAGAACUGUGCACCCACAUCAUUUACGCAUUUGCAGUACUAGACAAGGAGGAGCUGGUGAUAAAGUCACAUGAUAUUUGGCUAGAUGUAGAAAAUAAGUUCUACGAAAAGGUCACAGCCCUGAAGAGUCACGGUGUAAAGGUGCUUCUCGGUCUGGGCGGUUGGGACGACUCGGCAGGAGACAAGUACUCGCGACUAGUUAACAACGUCUCUGCUAGAAGGAAGUUCGUAGUUCACGCUGUUGAUUUCCUCGAACAGUACGGAUUCGAUGGACUUGACCUCGACUGGGAAUACCCUAAGUGCUGGCAGGUGGAAUGCGAGAAAGGACCCGAUUCUGAUAAGCAAGGUUUCGCUGAUUUGGUUAAAGAAUUACGCAAGGCAUUCAACCGUCGUGGUAUGCUGCUAUCUGCUGCAGUUUCUGCUAGCAAGCGUGUCAUUGACUAUGCUUAUAACGUACCAGCUCUAUCAAUGAAUUUGGACUGGAUCUCGCUAAUGACGUACGACUACCACGGUCAAUGGGACAAGAAGACUGGCCAUGUCGCGCCUAUGUAUGUCCACGACAAAGAUACCGAUAACACAUUCAAUGUGAACUUCACGGUCAACUACUGGAUCAACAAAGGCGCAGAUCGCAAGAAGUUGGUUGUGGGCGUUCCAUUCUACGGACAAUCGUUCUCGGUGGUGGAGGGCGCCGGGACCGGGCUUGGUGCUCCGACGUACGCGGGCGGCGAAGCUGGAGACGAGACUAGGGCUAGAGGCUUCUUGUCGUUCUAUGAGAUCUGUGAACGAGUGAAAGUGAAGGGCUGGAAAGUUCACCGCGACCCAGGCGGUCGCAUCGGGCCCUACGCUACCCACGACGACCAGUGGGUGUCCUUCGACGACGACUUCAUGGCUCGCCAUAAAGCCGAAUACGUUCGAGCUAUGGAACUCGGAGGCAGUAUGGCUUGGUCCUUGGAUCUAGACGACUUCACCGGCAAAUACUGCGGCUGUGGGAAAGCACCACUUCUAACUACCAUAAACCAUGUGUUGAGGGGAAAGGAAGCUCCACCACCGUGUAUUCUUGAAGAACUCCAUGAAUCAUCGCCAAUGGCAGUGCCUGGAGUACCAUCUCAACCUGAAGUUCCAGAACCGGAAGAAAAACCAAUGAUCAUUGACACUGAUCGUCAUCAACACGUCGAACACGUAGAACCUAGUGGCAUAUCGCUUGACGGUAAAGCAUGUUCUGGAGCCAUUUUCAGAGCAGAUGAGAGCAACUGCGCCAACUAUUACUUGUGCGUUGGAAAGAGAUACAUGCAACUCACAUGUCCCGCGCCACUGGUUUGGAACCAGAACCAUUGCGACUGGCCUGAAAAAUCGCAAUGCAAAGGAAAGACACAUCUGAGAAUCAGAGAUGAAAUGGAGCCAGUAGUGCAAGAAAAGCCUAUACUUGCAUGCUACUUCACUAAUUGGGCAUAUUACAGACAUGGCAACGGUAGCUUCGGUCCAGAACAAGUGGACCCAUCAAUGUGUACACACAUCGUGUACGCGUGGGCACACCUUGAUCCGGCCACUUACAAAUUGGUGCCAGGAAACCCAGAACUGGAUAUCGAUAACGAUUUCUACGGCAAGAUGACGGAACUUCGCAUGAAGGGAGUGAAGGUGAUCAUCGGUGCUGGUGGCCUCGAAGACUCGGAAGACGAGAAGUGGGUCGAGAUGUCUUCGAGUCCUGAAAGCAUUGACGUAUUUGUAGAGUCCGUUCUGAAGUUCCUGAACAGAUGGAACUUUGACGGCUUGCAGAUCGCGUGGCAAUAUCCUGUCUGCAAACAGAUCCCAUGCACAGACUUCGAUAUCACCGAGAAAGACAACUUCAGUCUCCUCAUCGCCAAACUUUCAAAGACUCUUCACCAGCACAACUUUGAGUUGUCCGCCUUGGUUUCUUCAUCCCCCGAGGUGGCAGCACUGGCGUACGAUCCAGAGGUCCUGACAGCCACGGUCGAUUGGAUAGCUCUGGCUGCUAACGAUUAUUAUGCUUCUACAUCAGGAAGAACUUCCUAUUUGGUACCUUUGGAAUCCAUCGAAAUGGCUGGGAUUAACAGCUUCAACUCUUCCUUGGCAUACUGGUCGAGCGUGGUGCCCGCUGAAAAACUCGUGAUAGGCGUCCCGGCUUACGCGCGCUCCUACACGCUACGCAGCACUGCCCACAAGCACAUACAGUCGCCCGUCACGGGACCAGGCAUCCCCGGGCAUUUCACCAGGGUCCCUGGAUUCCUUGCUUUCUACGAGCUAUGUCCGGGGUCGAAGUGUAGCAGCUGGGAGGAGACUCGUACUGAGGACGGUACGUUCGCUGUGCACCGAUCUCAAUGGGCCUCGUACUUGCGGCCAGAGGAGAUCCAUCGGGUGGGAGCGAGCGCCGCGACAGCUGGCCUGAGGGGCGCCGCACUAUGGGCACUCGAUCUAGACGACUUCCGCGCGCUUUGCUCCUGCGAACCCAACCCUCUAUUGGCCGCGCUACGGCAAGGUCUACUCGACCCCAACAUACCGCCUACCCUCUGUAACUCAGAAUAGUAAUAACUUUAGACUAGGAAUAGCCACGCUAGCAUUUGGAAAUGAGAACGAGACUGAAAACAUUUUUUAUCGUUCAAUAGGUACUUGCUUAUUUUUAAUUUACCCUUGUUCCACUCAAUAUUUUUUUGUAUUUACAGUAUUUUUCAGACACGACUUCGUUCUUGUAAUUAACAAAGAGUAAGUAGUACUUAUGUUUAUAAUUAUUGUAAUUUAUAUUAAAAGACGUAGCUUUACCAACUACGUUUGUAAAAUUAAGGAUUUUAAAAUGUAAAAACAACUCAAGAAAAUAUACUUAUUUUGUGAUAUUUUUAUUUUUUAUCGAAGUAAUUUUAUACUACAUCUUUGAAUUCUAUUUGACUUGACAAUAAUUUUAUCAUAUUUUUAUCGAAAUACGAUUACUGCAAUUGUCAUUUUGAGUAAAAUUGCAAAGAAAACAAUGUUAAUGUAAAAUCGUUUCGUGCAUGCACGCAACUAUCUGUUUCUGUGGGUUAGUUGUUUGAAAAUAACAAUAACAUUGUUUUGAAGAAAUAAAUGUUCAAAAUGUG